AGAGAAAGUUGUUGUUGUUACAAAACGUUCGAGCGAAGCAAUGCACGUUCUUCCAUGCAAGAAGACGAAGAAGAGACUUCACCAUGGCGAAUCUACGGAUAACUAUAGCGAGGCUGAGAACAAUGAGAAACCAAAAGAGAAACCGCACAGCGAUUGGAAAGGUCAUGGAGUGGUGGACGAGAAGGUCACUAGUCACACUAUGCAUUCUUCCAUCUAUUUUCACGAUACCUGCAGUCAUCUACUACCAACUUCCUUGCUUCUACUGCGAUCGCAACGAAUACGUCGUUAACACCAGCAAGUGCAGGAUUCGUGACUUCGAUCCAUUCGACCCGUCUCUCAAAGAAUACAUCUACCGCUUGAAGCCUGAACGUUGCGAUAUCCCACCACCAGCCAUACACCAAAGGGGAUCCUCCCUUUAUCUUAGCGAUGAAGUUGUGCAAAUGCACUACGCGUGUGUCCCGCAGCACGUCGCAUGUACAUAUCAAGAGGUCGGCCGAAACCGCUCGGCGAAUAUCCCAGACGACAGCGUCGUCUACAGCGAACGGGUUACUCUUACUUUUCGAGUUCCAGUGCAUGCGGAGUACAUCAAAGUGAAGUGCCAUUGUCGAAACGAUAAAGUUUUUUACACGGACUUCUUCCUUCUGCCCAUGAUGAAAAAGAAAGUGCAAUCUGAGCGCCAAUUCACAUCCGCGGAGUCAGACGGUACUGCUGAAAAACUGAGUGUCGUAGUACUUGGACUGGACUCGGUGUCUCGUCUCAACUUUAAGCGUUAUAUGAAACGGACGCGCAAUUAUAUCGAACGUUUUCGUCCAUUUGAGAUGCUUGGCAUGACGAAAGUGGGCGACAACACUUUUCCAAAUCAGAUUCCGUUACUGACUGGCAAGAAAGCAAGCGAGGUGAACGAAUUAUGUGCCACAAGCUUCCUUGACGAUGAAGACUUGGUUUGGAAGAAAUAUUCUCGCAAAGGUUACCACACUCUCUUCCUAGAAGAGGCGCCGUGGAUUGGCUUGUUCAGGCACUACUGCCGUGGCUUUCGCGACCCUCCUGUCGAUUACUACCCUAGACCUCUCAUUCUGGCAGUUUCGAGAUCGGCCCUGAAGGUUUACAGUGGCAAACUUCCCUGCUUUGGAGCCAGAGAUCAGACAUCGGUACACUUGAACUACACGGCGUCGGUGCUGUCUCUUCUGAAAGACGAGCUGCAUUUUUCAUAUACAUGGAUAAUUGACGUAGCGCACGAAGACGUUAACGGAGCUGGUUACGCUGACAGUUCAUUCCGAGCAACGUUCCAAAGUCUCGAGGAAGCGGGAGUCAUGAACCGUUCGGUCGUCGUCUUCUUGAGCGACCAUGGAACCCGAUACGGAGACAUCCGUCUAUUAUUAACUGGAAAGUACGAAGAUAGAUUGCCCUUCUGUUUCUUAAUGUUUCCUCCAGCUUUCCAUCAAAAAUACCCUCACGUAAUUGAAAACCUUCGCAAGAACCAGCGUAGGCUGACGACACCGUUUGAUCUCCACGCCACCUUGUUGGAAAUAUUGCAGUUCCCUUCCUUUGCCGACAAGCAGGAAUUCAGAACCAGGUACGGUAUGAGCCUCUUGCGUGAGAUACCUGAAGAUAGGACGUGCGAGGAUGCCUCCAUAUCACCACACUGGUGCUGCUGCCAAAUAACACGGAAGGUACCUACCAAGAACCAAUUAGCCGCGCGCAUGGCAAUGCUUGUAGUGGACACCGUAAAUGGCUGGUUGGAAAAGGAAGUGCCAGGAAAGUGCCUCCCGCUUGUAUUCGGGAAGGUGAUCAGAGUCCAAAAGCGACUUCUAACGCACGUAAAGGACGGAACGCUGUUCUUCUGGGUCACCCUCAUAGCGUUCAACACAGGUGCCAUCUUGGAAAGCACAGUGGCCAUGAAUAAGGCCGGUGGCAUGAAGGUCGUUGACAUUGUUAGUCGUUUAAAUAGAUUCAACUCGUCUGAGACUUGUAUAAGUCACCGCCUUCUUGAGAUGUACUGCGUCUGCCGAGAUAUACCAGCAGCGUCUUAGGUAUUUUUUGAAGGAGAUACACAGACAUGCAGAUUUCUGUACUCCGUGAUAAAUGGUGUCGGUUCCGAAA